AGCUGGACUGGCAGUUAGCCAUCGAUGCCUGUCUGUGUAGGUGUGGUGCUGUGCUCGCUGCCCACAAAAUGUCGGGCGAAUUCGGUACGGGCAAAACAAUCAUUGUGUUAGCAAUCGUGGUUGGCUGCUUCGCUGUAUUAUGGCCCAAAGUCUUCUAUCCGAUGCUUAUAUCGUCUUCGAAGGCUACGCCUGUAACGAAGCCGGAAUCAGCAGGGGUGCGGGCAGAGCGCCCCGUUCACCUGCACCCCGAGAUGAUGCAUCCCGCGCUGAGGGAGCGUGGCAGGGCUCUGCCUCAGCGCACCAUAGAGAAGGAGGCUAAACCCGGCCCCAUGCCUGGCGUGCGCCCCCCCAUGGGGGGAGGGGCGGGGCAUGUUGCCCCCUCCCCCAACACCAAAACAUCGAGCAGCAUGAGCGUCAUCAUGCCACUCUACACAGUGGGCAUCAUCAUAUUCUUCAUCUACACCAUCAUGAAGGUUUUGUUCAAAAAAGUCCCGAAUGACGACGAGAAGACUCCUAAGCUGAAGAACUUCCACAUGGACCCCGAGUACCGCAAGUACGUCUUCGAAGAAGAGUAUCUGGACAGCGGCGACGCGGCGAACAAGGAAGCUUUCCACCGCCGCGUUGCCGACCACAAGGAUGCCCACGGACUGCGCCGCCGUAACAUCGUCGAUCAGCCUGAUCGCAAAAUCGCGGGACAGCCAGACUGCGAGCGAAAAGAUGAGCAGAUGGAUCAGUUGAGGCGACGCUUGGAAGACACAGAGAAGGCCAUGGAGCGUCUCAUGGCUCAGAUGGGCUCUGUGUCAGACAAGCUCACAGCUGCUAAGAUAACAGAAGUUCUCUCCCAGGCGCAGACGCAGGCUAAACUUCUUAAGACAAAUGCUCCACCUGCAAUGUCAACUACUGGACGAAGCAACUCGAAUUUGAAGUCGGAAAGUGACGAAAAACCUAUCGAGGUAAACCAUGUACCGGAAGCCGGAACGACGAUCGACGUCAAUCACGACAUCGGACCAGAAGAAGGAGUAACCACUACUCCGCGAGUUGAACCUGCGGAAACAUUCCCGCCAGGUAUCACAAAGCCGAUCGUAAACAAAAAUAUCGCUUUUAUAAGAGCAAACUUGAGUCCUUCUCCACCAUCUUCCAUGCCUGCACAGAAAGUUUCAUUCCGUCCUAAGGCGACUUAUGUUCACGCGCCUGCGAAUGGAUCUGAAGAAGAUGAUGGAUCCUCUGACGCGACGGAAACCGGAGCCGAUGUGUCGGAACUACGUUCUUUCGCAGAAGAUAUUAAUGACAGUAAGUUGGCCAAUGAAGAAGAAAUCGCAUUAAUCAGUGACGUCAAACAAUUUCGCGAAGAUGAAAUUCCAGAAUUAAUUAUGCCGAAAUUUGACGGCCCAGAGUUACAAAUGGCACAAGGAGCUGAAGGCAAUCGGAAACUGCGUACUAUAGAGGUUGUCAUGCCCAAGUUUGAUGGCGUUCCUGAAGUCGUCAUGCCCAAGUUUGAUGAAGUUCCUGAAGUCGUCAUGCCCAAGUUUGAUGAAGUUCCCGAAGUCGUCAUGCCCAAGUUUGAUGAAGUUCCUGAAAUCGUCAUGCCCAAGUUUGAUGUCGUUCCUGAUGCCGUCAUGCCCAAGUUUGAUGAAGUUCCCGAAGUCAUCAUGCCCAAGUUUGAUGAAGUUCCUGAAGUCAUCAUGCCCAAGUUUGAUGAAGUUCCUGAAGUCAUCAUGCUCAAGUUUGAUGACAUUCCCGAAGUCGUCAUGCCCAAGUUUGAUGAAGUUCCUGAAAUCGUCAUGCCCAAGUUUGAUGUCGUUCCUGAUGCCGUCAUGCCCAAGUUCGAUGACGUUCCUGAAGUCGUCAUGCCCAAGUUCGAUGACGUUCCUGAAGUCGUCAUGCCCAAGUUCGAUGACGUUCCUGAAGUCGUCAUGCCCAAGUUUGAUGACGUUCCUGAAGUCGUCAUGCCCAAGUUUGAUGACGUUCCUGAAGUUGUCAUGCCCAAGUUUGAUGACGUUCCUGAUUGA